UCCGCCAAACACUAGCCUACAUCAGAGUCUCCCCAAUCGCUCCACUCUCUCUCUCUCUCCCCCCCACUCGCGAAAUCAUGCCGGGUGCAGAGAAACCCUUGACGGCGGCGACUGCCGCCCUCCGCCGCCGGCUCUUCUCGUCCUCGUCCGGACCCAGCCGGUGGGCGACGCCGGGCCACGAGGAGCGCCCUAAGGGCUACCUGUUCAACCGGGCCCCGCUGCCGGCCGGCCAGUCCCGCAAGUGGGAGGACUGGGAGCUCCCGUGCUACGUCGCCAGCUUCCUGACGAUCGUGAUCCUCGGCGUGGGGCUCAACGCGAAGCCCGAUCUCACCAUCGAGACCUGGGCCCACCAGAAGGCCCUCGAGCGGCUGCAGGUGGAGCAGCAACAGAUGGGCGAAUCCGACUGAUUAGGGUUUUGGAGGGCAAUUGGAGUAAGUUCGAGUUGAGUUUUGAGCUCUUCUUCCUUUUUGUUUUCCUUGCUGGGGGAACUGAGGUUCGAUGGGGUUUGACUUUUGGCCUCCGUGUCGAAUGUUGAUAUAAUGUUAGCUCAAUAAUCAUCUAUUUGAUGUUCGAAA